UAAGAGUCAAAAUAACAUAAUAUUAUAAAUUUAUAAUAUAACUUAUUGUAUUGUUUUGUAUUUUAGAACAAAUGUAUUGAUUCCCGUGCUACUGCUACUGGAGAGUCCACCACCACCAACUUAUCCACUAACUCCAAAGUUUGAGACAGAUGGAUGGAGAAGGGAAGGUGGUUUGUGUUACAGGGGCAUCUGGCUACAUCGCUUCGUGGCUCGUUAAGCUCUUGCUUGAUCGUGGCUACACCGUUCAUGCUACUGUCCGAUCUCUCGAUGAUCCGAAAAAGACACAACAUCUGCUUGCUCUUGAUGGAGCUAAAGAAAGACUAUCUUUGUUUGAAGCUAACUUGACUGCAGAAGGAUCUUUUGACUCUGCAGUUGAUGGCUGUGUUUGUGUCUUUCACACAGCAUCUCCGGUUCUACUUUCAGUUGACGACCCACAGGCACAACUUAUAGAUCCUGCAGUUAAGGGGACACUUAAUGUUCUUAAAUCAGCUGCAAAGGUUCCAUCUCUCAAGAGAGUGGUGUUGACUUCUUCAAUGGCUGCGGUAAUGGUUCGCUCCGGACAUCCGGAGCAUGGUUUUGUGAUGGAUGAAACCUGGUUUUCAGAUCCAUCACUUUGUGAGCAAAAAGAGUUGUGGUAUCAUCUUUCGAAGACCCUGGCUGAGGAUGCUGCGGUUAAGUUUGCAAAAGAUAAUGGUUUUGAUUUGGUGGCUAUUAAUCCUGGAUUUGUGAUCGGUCCCAUCUUACAGCCAACUCUCAACCUUACCUCUGAGGGCAUUAUGGAGUUGAUAAAGAGCAGAAAAGAAGUGUUUUCAGACGGAAUUUAUAGACUUGUUGAUGUGAGAGAUGUUGCGACGGCACAUAUUUUAGCUUUUGAGAACCCGGAAGCUAAUGGUAGAUACUGCAUGGUUGGUAAAGUGGUCCGAUCUUUAGAGAUCAUGAAGAUUGUAGAUAAACUAUACCCGGGCCUUGUCCAUUCUGAAAGGUAUAAAGAUGGCGAGUGUGUGGAACCCGUACCUUACACUGUAUCAAGGGCAAAGGCGGAAACUCUAGGCGUUAAAUUUACUCCAGAGGAGGUAAGCAUAAAGGAUACUGUCGAAAGCCUCAAGGAGAAGAACUUACUAAGCUUCUAGAACACCAGAUGAAAUGCAUACAUGGGUUGUUAAAAGACUGUAAUAGGUUCGAUUCGAGGAUGGGCAAAUAAAUAAAGUUCUUUGUGAGCUACUUCAAAACACUAUAUAAUGUUCAUGAGUUUGUUUGAAAACAAUGGAAACAUGUAACUAAGAACGUAAAGUGUUUGAUGCUUAAUAAUGAAAAACAACCCAUAGGAGAGCAAUAGACGGUUCAUGUA